AUGACUCAAAAUGAAAUGAAUGAUCCGGAAUUUGUGAAAGACAUUGAUAUAAAUGAUCAACGAAAUAGGUAUCUCUUAACUAAAGGACCAACCCGAGCUGAAAUUCAACAAGAGACAGGCUGUUCAGUAACGACAAAAGGUCAAUGGUACCCAGAUCGAACGAUGGCAAACGAUCGAGAUCCACCACUUUAUCUUCAUUUAACAGCUACAACUCAAGAAGUAUUAGAUAAAGGGAUUGCAAAAGUGAAUGAAUUGAUAGACCAAGAUCUAGGUCCACUAACUGAACAACCGGACGUCUCACGAAUGUUUUUCAGUCUUUCUUCACAAAUCCUGAGAAAGUUUUUCCUUUCUUUUUCUUCUUGCAGGUUUACUCAUCAAAGACGUGAAAGACAACCUAGAGAACGUCAGAAAUGGCCAGAACAUAAAAUCGAAAUCGGACUUGAAAGUUUAAGAAACUUGAAUGUUAGGGCUAAAGUAGUAGGACCAGGGGGUAUGUUUGUAAAAUAUAUCCAAAGUGAAACUGGAUCUAGAGUACAGAUCAAAGGGAUGGGAUCUGGAUUUUAUGAAACUGACACGGGUACCGAGUCGACCGAACCCAUGCAUAUCAACGUCACGUAA